AUGGCAAAUAUUUGUCACUAUGAUGUUUUAAAAAAUGAAAAGUACGGUCGAUAUUUAAUCGCAAACAAAGAUUUCGAAUGUGGCGAGUUGAUAUUUACAGAUGUACCUAUUGCUGUUGGACCAAAACCAGAUUCGCCACCGCUUUGUCUAGCAUGUUACUGUCCAGUAGAAAACACGUUAUGCUCACGUUGUUCUUGGCCGAUAUGCAGCACUGAAUGUGAACAGUCACUGCAGCAUUUGCCCGAAUGCGAGUUAUUCGCAGAAGCAAAAGUACGUUUUCAACCUGUUGAGGAUUGGACUGUUUGUGUUCCUCAACUAGAUUGUAUAACUCCACUAAGGCUCCUAAUAGCUAAAGAAAAUUAUCCGGAACGUUGGAAGCAGGAAGUCGAAGUAAUGGAGACCCACACGGAAGAACGUAAGAAAAGACACACCUGGGAAGCAGAUCAAAUAAAUAUUGUCAACUACCUCAUCGAUCAUUGCAAACUUGGAAAGAAAUUUUCUAAAGAGUUAGUGGAACAAGUCUGUGGAAUUUUAGAAGUAAAUGCUGUAGAAAUUCCUUCGCGAGGUGGUUUUAGUAUACGUGCGGUGUACCCUCGUCUGGCCAUUGCAUCUCAUAGUUGCGUACCGAACAUCGUUCAUACCAUACUUCACAAUGACUACCAGGUACAAGUACGAGCAGCAAUAUCUAUAAAAACUGGAGAUCCCUUGCAUCUUAGUUACACUCACGUCUUGUCCCCGACUAUAAUCCGCAGGGAGCAUUUAUUAAAAUCCAAAUUUUUUCACUGUGAUUGCCCACGGUGCGCCGAUCCCAUAGAGCUUGGGACACACUUAAGCACUUUAAAGUGCAAUAAGUGUGACAAUGGCAUAAUAUUGUCCAGCAAUCCUUUAGAUAACGAUGCGCAAUGGAACUGCACAGACAAGAACUGCGGGUUCAAAAUAUCCGGAGCUGCAAUGCGCAAGAUGCUAGCCGUGGUACAGGCAGAGCUAGAGCAAUUAGAUGCAAUAGACAGUGGACCUGCUUCUAUUGAAAUGAGAGAAGCUACAAUAAAUAAAUACAAAUCAGUGUUUCAUCCGCGUCAUUCAUUUUUGCUGAGUAUAAAGCAUGCCCUUGCACAACUGUAUGGGCGUGUAGAGGGUUACACGAUAGACGAGCUACCGGACGUGAUGUUAGAACGAAAAACAGAGUUCUGCAGAUUGGUUCUAAGUACGCUGGAUGUGAUAUCUCCCGGGGACAGUAGGAUGAGAGGUAUGAUGUUUUACGAGCUACAUGCACCUCUCAUGUAUUUGGCGAGAAAUGAAUUUGGAGCUGGUCUGAUAGAUCGGGACAAACUGAAAGAACGGUUACAAGAACCUUUACAAUGUCUGGCCGACGCUGCCAGGAUCCUUAGCAGGGAAGAUCCGCAGAGCCCAGAAGGAAUCACUGAUUGUUUGCAUAUCUUUAGAUACGGAUUUGGCGUGCAAGGCGUGACGUCA